UAAACAAAGCAAAAUAUAGGGGGAAAAUUGCGCGCCAUGAAUCGUGCAAUAUUCAUUCAUUCAUCUGUUGUUCGUGUUUAUGUUUAUGGAACACGUGUGCAGCACGUCAGAGAGCUAGAGUCGAAGGCACGUCUCAGUUGCUGUUCCUAUAUUUUAGUAAGGAGAGCAUAUUUUGGUCUAUCAUCUGAGCAAACCACUACAACAGGAAAAAUAUUUACUGCAAGAAUGUCAACAGACCAGAAUGCAUCACCAUCCAAGAGUGUAUUUCUCAAACAAGAGACCAUUCACAAAGAAAAAUGGUUGUCAUUAGAGAGAGUAACAUACAUGGAUCCUAGAGGAAGAGAGAGAACCUGGGAAGUGGCUGAAAGAACAACUAAACCAAAAAAAGGAGCCAGUGAUUGUGUUGCUAUGAUAGCCAUACUCAAUAGAUUGCUCCACUAUGAUUGUAUUGUACUCGUCAAACAAUUUCGGCCACCUAUUAAAUGCUAUACUAUUGAAUUUCCUGCUGGAUUAGUUGAGCCAAAUGAAAGCUUAGAGGAAACAGCACUUAGAGAAUUGAAAGAAGAGACGGGAUAUACAGGAACAGUGUUAUCAGUAUCUCCAGGUACAGUUUUAGACCCAGGCAUAUCAUCAUCUACGUGUAGCUAUGUUCAUGUUCAAAUCGAUGGCAAUGACAAUGCUAAUGACUGUGCAGUCGCUCAUCCAGGAAAUGAUGAAUUUGUUGAAGUUCUUCUUAUACCAGUCAAUGAACUGCUUCAUAGAUUACAAGAAAUGGCGAAGGAGAAGGAUGUUAUUGUGGAUGCUCAGGUUUACAUGUAUGCAUCAACUCUAACACACCCACAUCUAGGGAUGGUACCUUCUACUAUCAUCAACAGUGAUUAGAUCCGCCAUCUUGAAAAAAAUACCUUCUUAAAGGCAAUCUUUAGUUAUGGUAGUUUUGGUAAGUUCCCCAAAAAUGAAUGUCACUAUCCCACUUCAUUACUAGAUUAUAUUGUGC